CUCCACUGUCACUGGCAGGAAACAAACGCACAGAAUCAAGAAGUUCACUGAGCAUUGCUAUUUAUUUUAAACAUGAAGAGAACAUAAAGAAGCAGUGGCUGCAGUGCACACCAAGCUGCAUAACACCUGUAAAAAGUAUGCGCAUGUUCCACCAUGAGUCUGAAGAGCAGGAAGUUCGCAUUGGACAGCUGUCUCCCUCCGGAUGGAGCCGGAUCACUUGGUGUUGGAAAAGCAAGCCGCAAAAUCAGUAAGAAAGCCAAAGAGCUCGGCACUCUGGAGGAACCCCAAGUGGACAUGGAAGAGUUAAAUCAGAGCCUCAACUCCACCGCAUCUGUCAGUGUCCUCAGGGAGCAGACUGCACCAGAAGGAAACGCAGAGCGACCAGAUGGGAUCAUCACAAGAAAUAGCUUCAUCAAGCACAACAGAACUUUCCACAAACUGUUCCAGGAGAUUCCUGACAGAGAGAACCUGACACACAUGUUCACGUGUGCUUUGCAGAAGGAAGUAUUGUACCACGGAAAACUCUACAUGUCAAACAACUAUUUGUGCUUCUACUCGUCUGUGCUCCUUAAAGACACCAAGGUGGUGAUCUCCACCUCCAGCGUGAGGAAAGUGAAGAAACACAGCCUGUCCCUGGCCAGGCUGUCAAUUCAAACUGCUGACGGCGAGAAGUAUUCGUUUGACUCUUUGACGAACCGUGAGAUGUGUUACAAAUGCCUCCACGCUGUCUGUUCGUAUGCUCAGGGAGAGAGUGGCAACACUAGCCCUCAAAUCUCCUCUGCAGAGAACGAAGCCAACCAGGAGGCGGUGUGGAGUUCUUCCAGUUUUGAGGACAGCAUAGAUCAAGGCGUGAUGGGAGAGAGCAUUUAUCGUAACAACAGCUUUCCUCGGCUCGCUCACCAAGUUCCAAUAUUCAGUUCCAUCCCUCAGACCAUGACAGAUGAGGAGGACAACAACAUCUCUGUUUCAUGGACUUGGGGCAUCGCCGAGAGGGUCACACCGUUCUUCCUCAGGGAACUCUGGAAUCUCAGUGUACUCUUCUACAUUUAUGUGAUGCUAAUGGUAUUGCUCCUGCUGGCAUCGGGGUACAUCGGACUGAGGAUCAUUGCGCUGGAGGAGCAGCUGGAGUCUUUGGGAGUGAUAAGUGAGCUGUCCUCCAGCCCUAAAGAGUGAGGAGAUGCACAAACAAACAGGACAACUGCCAAUGCCCAAAACGUUAAGACACAGCAAGACAUCUGCUGGGGAUCAGAGAAGCAAACAGUAAUAGCUCAAACCGGUUAUGGUGACUUAAAACCAUUAUGCAAACGCGUAUCACAAGACGCGAUCAGGGUGGUUUGACUGGUUCACAGCAGUGUUGUGAGUGAGAGACAUCAGAUCACAUUCCACUGCAUCAGCACACAAGGAAGUAAAAUACAUUUUAAAUGGGGAGACUAGAUAGAAAUUUUGGGACAGGGGGGUGUUUUACUUGACGUUCCCAGCAUAAUUGUUUUUCUGAAGUAAUUGGUUCAGCGUUCAAAACACUGACAAAUUCUCCAAAUCAAUUUAAUUUAGUGUUUAAGCAGAAACAUACAAGUAACACCUGUGUUACUGCCAUAUUGCAGUAGAGAUUAUCAGGUCACACAUGGUGAAAGAAUGAGUCUUUGUCAGUUUAAAAGCAUCAGGGCAUUUGUGUGUUAGCAGACACAAACUCCAGGUUGCUGACAGAUCACAUCUGAGGGAUGAUAUCUCCUGCGGGUCAUCAGGUUUACAGCUGAGCUCAGCUAACAGGGUCUGAUGGAGUCUUUAACAGCUUUGUUCAAAGUAUCCUGCAACAAUAAAAAUAUGGUAAAUGAUCAUAAAUAAGUUUUUUGUUUUUAAGGGGGUAUGUUUGUUUUUUGGCUGAAUUUUAAAUGAUUUUUAUGUAUCCCAUAUUAAUUUUAAAUGAUUUUUAUGUAUGUCAUAAUGAUUUACUGUAUAACACUGCAACCAGUACAGGCAAAUGCAGGCAUUUAGUGGCAGUAAGCAGCCAGCAGAGGGCAGUCAUUCCCAACAAAUGACAUGGCUUGUGGCCUUCAGACUAUUGAAAGUUGAAUAUUGGAUUCUUUCAGAUGAAAUGCAUUCAACACAUCCAUGACAAGGCAGAACUUGGAUGGCGUCAUGCAAGCUUAAUGAUAUACCAGUAAGUCCUUGAAUAGUCUUGUCAGCUCAUCUGUUGUUUCCACUCGGGGUCGCCACAACAGAUUUGGCACGAGUUCUACACCAGCUGCCCAACCUGAUGCAACUCCACAUUACAUGGAUAAUAAUGGGCAGGGGUGGCCUUGAACCGGGAACCUUCUGUGCUGAAAACAAGUGCACUUGGCCACCACACCUCCCCACAUGUAAUGACAUACCAGUAAGCUGUGUUUUAUGUAAAUACUGCAGUUUUUGUAUUUAUCAGGGCCAUACAAAGCACAUAAAAUUGUUUCAA